UCCGAGUCUCCUCGUCCCCCCUCAUGUCCCCCCCUCGGGCCGGCUGUCCUGCGCCUCCUUACGUCAUUCGGCGUAUUUAGUCGUGUGCACAGACUUCAUUCUCCCGGAGCCAGGAGGGGACAUCACGCUUACCGCAGACGCGGCAGAGACGCGGCAGAGACGCGGCAGAGACGCGGCAAGACGCGGCAGCGACGCGGCGGAGACGCGGCAAGACGCGGCGGAGACGCGGCAGAGACGCUCCUAGAGAGCCGGACCGUGCAGCUCUCUGCAGCUUUGGACUGGAGACUCGGGGUGGAAACCCGAGUCCAGGGAUGAGAGUUUCGUUCCCCCCCUCCGAGUGGGUUUCUCUGGUUUGCUGCCAGACGCAUCUGGAAGGGAUAACGGGGAGAUCCGCGGCGGCGCGCAGCCGCGUCCACGUCUCAGCUCCAGCAGGAUCCUGAUGUCCGUCAUCCUGCGAUCACACUGAGAUUUAACCAGGUUUAACCAGGUUUAACCAGGUUUAACCGCUGACACCGUUUAAGGCCCGGAUUUUACUGCCAAAGCCCAAAGGUUCUGCACAAGAGCCACCACGGACCAGUAAAUCCUGCAGGUGGCAGCCCGACCUGCAGGAGUUCCUGGGAACUAUGCAGUGAAGAUGUGCGCGGCCAGGUUCAGCGGCUGCGUGAACGGCUGCGUGGAGGACCCGGUCCCGGCCAUGGCCCCGGUCCCGGCCUCCAGGACCCCGGACUGGACCGAGGCCGGGCCGCGCAUCCUGCACAGCCUGGAGAUGGGCACCGUCAUGACCGUCUUCUACCAGAAGAAGUCCCAGCGGCCCGAGAGGAGGACCUUCCAGGUCCGGCAGGACACCCGGCAGGUCGUGUGGAGCCGGAACCCGGACAAGGUGGAGGGAGAGAUCGACAUCCGGGAGAUCCGGGAGCUGCGGUUGGGGAAGGGCUCCCGAGACUUCGAGCGCUACCCGGAGGAGGCCAGGAAAGUGGACUCCGCCCACUGCUUCAUCGUGCUGUACGGCCUGGAGUUCCGCCUCCGGACCCUCAGCGUCGCCGCCUUCAGCGAGGAGGAGGUCAACAUGUGGAUCACGGGACUGGGCUGGCUGCUGAUGGACACCCAGAGGGCGCCGGCUCCGCAGCAGAUAGAAAGGUGGUUGAAGAAACAGUUUGACGUAAUGGACAGGAGCCACGAGGGCAGCAUCACGGUGAAGGAGGUCAAGGCUCUGCUGCCCCAGAUCAACUACCGAGUCCCCAACACACGCUUUCUCAAGGACAAGCUGCAGGAGGUGGAGGCCAGGAGCGAGCUGUCCUACCCCAACUUCGCUCAGCUCUACAGAACGCUCAUGUUCGAUGCCCAGAGGAGUAUAAUUGAACAGCUGGAGCUCUCCUUUCCCCUGCGGAACGUGGACCGGCCGGAGCUGUGUCAGAUCUCCCUCUACGACUUCCAGAAGUUCCUGCAGAUGGACCAGAAGGAGUCCUGGGCGUCGGACCUGAGUCGCGUCAGAGAGUUUCUGGCGGGCUACCUGAAGGGCGGGUCGCAGCCGGAGCCGACGCUGCAGCUGGACGAGUUCCUGACCUUCCUGUUCUCCAGAGAGAACUCGGCGUGUAACCCGCGACCUUCGGCCGUGGUGGUCCCCGAGGACAUGAAGAGGCCGCUGUCUCAGUACUGGAUCUCCUCCUCGCACAACACCUACCUGACAGGUGACCAGUUUUCCAGCGAGUCGUCUCUGGAGGCGUACGCCCGCUGCCUGCGGAUGGGCUGCCGCUGCAUUGAACUGGACUGCUGGGACGGACCCGACGACCUCCCCAUCAUCUACCACGGCCACACUCUGACCUCCAAGAUCAAGUUCCUGGACGUCCUGCACACCAUCAAGGAGCACGCCUUCGUCACCUCUGAGUAUCCCGUCAUCCUGUCCAUCGAGGACCACUGCAGCGUGGUCCAGCAGAGGAACAUGGCCACACACUUCAAGAAGGUGUUUGGAGAUCUGCUGCUCACCAAGCCGGUGGACAGCAACGCCGACGAGCUUCCUUCACCCUUCCAGCUCCGCAGGAAGAUCCUCAUCAAGCACAAGAAGCUGGUGGAGGGAACUCUGUACGAAGAGGUGACGUCAGCCAGCUACUCGGAGAACGACAUCAGCAACUCGCUGAAGAACGGCAUCCUUUACCUGGAAGAUCCCAUCGACCACACCUGGACGCCGCACUACUUCGUCCUGUCCAGUAACAAGAUCUACUACUCGGAGGAGACGUCUCGCUACCAGACGACCGAAGAGGAGGAGGAGGACGAAGGGAAGGAGGAGUGCAACAACAACGAGCAGCACUGCGCGGAGCGCUGGUUCCACGGGAAGCUCGGUGGCGGGCGCGACGGUCGGCAGGUGGCCGAGAAGCUGCUGCAGGAUUACUGCGAGGGCGGAGGCAAGGACGGGACCUUCCUGGUGCGGGAGAGCGAGACCUUCGUGGGGGACUACACCCUCUCCUUCUGGCGCUCUGCCCGGGUCCAGCACUGCAGGAUCCACUCGCGCCAGGAGUCCGGCUCCACCCGCUUCUACCUGACGGACAACCUGGUGUUCGACAGCCUCUACCGCCUCAUCUGCCACUACAGGGACACGCCGCUGCGCUGCAACGAGUUCGAAAUGCGGCUGGGGAACCCGGUGCCGCAGCCCAACGCACACGAGAGCAGAGAGUGGUUCCACUCCAGCCUGUCGCGGGUUCAGGCCGAACACAUGCUGAUGCGCGUGCCGAGAGACGGCGCCUUCCUGGUGCGCAAGCGCAGCGAACACAACUCCUACGCCAUCUCCUUCAGGGCGGAGGGGAAGAUCAAGCACUGUCGUAUCCAGCAGGAGGGCCGUCUCUUCAUGCUGGGAAGCUCGGCAGAGUUCGAGAGUCUGGUGGACCUGGUCAGCUACUACGAGAAACAUCCUCUGUACCGCAAGAUGAGGCUGCGCUACCCCAUCAACGAGGACACCCUGGACCGGAUGGGCACCACGGAGCUCGACUACGGAGCGCUGUACGAGGUCCGAACUCCGCAUUUCUACGUCGAGGCCAAUAAGAUGCCGACGGCGCGGUGUUCGGUCAAAGCGCUGUACGACUACCGAGCGCAGCGGGAGGACGAGCUGUGUUUCCCCAAACAAGCCUUAAUCCACAACGUGGACAAGCAGGAGGGCGGCUGGUGGCGCGGCGACUACGGGGGGAAGAAGCAGCUGUGGUUCCCGGCCAACUACGUGGAGGAGGUGGCCAGCUCGCCCACCAGGGACCUGGACGAGGCGGUGAGUCCGGACCGACACCGAGGAGGACCGUCGACGGAGAACAGUCCUCUGGGAGCUUUCCUCAAAGGCUUCAUCGACGUCCCGUCCUGCCACGUCGUGGUGCACAAGGACGGGAAGAACUCGCGGGCCUUCGUGUUCACCAUCCACUCGCAGCACCUGUCCUCCCACCCGGUGCAGACGCUGGACGUGGCGGCGGACAGCCUGGACGACCUGACCGGCUGGGUCGCCAAGAUCCGGGAGGCGGCGCAGAACGCUGAUGCUCGGAUGCAGGAGGAGAAGCAGAUGGAGAGGAGGAAGAAGAUCGCGGUGGAGCUGUCGGACCUGGUGGUUUACUGCCGGCCGGUCCCGUUCAACGAGGACAAGAUCGGGACGGAGCGCGCCUGUUACCGGGACAUGUCCUCCUUCCCCGAGACCAAGGCGGAGAAGUUUGCGACCCGCGGCCGAGGGAAGCGCUUCCUGCAGUACAACCGGCGGCAGCUGUCCCGGGUCUACCCCCGAGGGCAGAGGCUGGACUCGUCCAACUACGACCCGCUGCCCAUGUGGCUCUGCGGCUCGCAGCUGGUGGCGCUCAACUUCCAGACGCCAGAUAAACCCAUGCAGCUGAACCAGGCUCUCUUCAUGCUCGGCGGCGGCAGCGGCUUCGUGCCGCAGCCCGACAUCACGAGGGACGACGGCUUCGACCCGUUCGACAAGGACACGCUGCGCGUGGAGCCGAUCACCAUCCAGCUGCAGGUGCUGGGAGCUCGCCACCUGCCCAAGAACGGCCGCAGCAUCGUCUGCCCCUUCGUGGAGGUGGAGGUGUGCGGCGCCGACUACGACAGCUGCAGGUGCAGGACGGACGUCGUAGCUGACAACGGCCUGAACCCCGUCUGGGUGCAGAAGCAGUUCGUGUUUGACGUGCACAACCCCACCUUCUCCUUCCUGCGCUUCACCGUCUACGAGGAGGACAUGUUCAGCGACCCCAACUUCCUGGCGCAGGUGACGUACCCGGUGCGGCUGCUGCGCACAGGUUACCGGAGCGUUCCUCUGAAGAACAGCUACAGCGAGGAGCUGGAGCUGGCGGCGCUGCUGGUGCACGUGGAGAUCGUCAACGCCAAGGAGGAAGACGACCAGAACCUGUACACGUCCAUCCAGCGGCUGCGGGACCGGACCAGCGAGCUGUCCACGCAGGUGUCCCUCCUGGAGCGGUCCGGCUCGGCCGACCUGAGCUACCAGCAGAGCCUGGAGGAGCUGCGGGCGGCGCAGAGCCAGCUGAGCGAGCUGGUGGAGGCCCGGAACCGCAGGCUGAUCGAGAAGAAGCGGCGGGAGAAGCUGCGGCAGCAGGUGGCGGCCAAGCGCAGCUAGUCCUCCCGGCCACCAGAGGGCGCUGAGCCUGCAGCGACGUGACCCCGCCCCCUCUCCAGGGACGAGCUCUCUGCCGUUCGUUACUGGAAAAGAGAAGAAAAGAGACGCAACAGCACAAGUUCCUUCUUAGUAAAACGAGCCGGCAGCAGCAGGAACAGACGGAGCAUCUCAAGGACUAACGCCACUAAACUAAGCUAUGAAAACAAUCACAAACUGGAGCCUGAAACACAUCCACAGCAAACAUGCAAGAGGCGUUUCCACGGAAACGGUGCUGACAAACGAUAAGCCGACCGUUCAAAUAUUUCCAGAGAAUUUGGAAGAUGAAAAAAUGAUUGAAAAACAGCAAGUUCUCCACCAGCGUCCGACGCUUGUGAGCUAAACGAAAGAGAGGUCAUUAAAGGGAUGAAUUGAUGAAGGUUUGGUGAGAGAAACUGCACUGGGAGUGAGUCUGGAUCCAGGUCCAGGUCUGGGUCUAGAUCUGGGUGCGGCCUUGAAGAAAACCUUUCAGAUUUGGGGUAAAUCUGGCAUUAACUGCACCCAGGUCUGGGUGCAGAUCCAGGUCUGGGUCUAGAUCUUGUUCCAGGUCUAGAUCUGGGUGCAGCCUUGACGAAAACCCUUCAGAUUAGGGGUAAAUCUAGGGAUUCCCGGUCUUUUAGGUCCCUUUCCAGCCGCUAAUCUCCUGAACUCUGCUCUCGGUGUGUUUCAGACCCCAGAAGGAAACAAAAGGGAAACAAAACUCAGGAUCAAAGUUCUGGACGGACGGCGGGAGCCGACGGCACACGUAGCAAAAAGUGCCUUUGUAGUUGUUCGCUGCGCCGAGUCGGUCGCUUUCUCCACAACCGGAGACGAUGACAGCCGGGGGAUCGGCGUUCCGGGGGAUCGGCGUGCCGGGCGUCUCGGGCCGGAGCCGGUUCCUCCCGACCAGGACCAGCUCUUGUUUGGGGUUCUGCAGAACCUCCUGGUCCCCCUGGGAGAGCACUAAGGGCUCUAACAGUAUCCUCACCCCCUUCAGAGAUGCUCCACCGGGCCGGGAGGCGAGCGCCCCCCUGAUGUCACGGGACCACUCAGAAAUAAAGGGCUAUCUGCCAGAAAAGGGGCGGAGCUCUCCUUGGUUUCACAUCUGGACCCCACGGAUCAGCUGGCAGCAGAUGGAUGGGACCCCAUGGCUUCACCCCCCCCCCUGAUCGUGUAUAUAACUUCUUUUAUUUAUCAGAUGAGACCAUAUUACCAGAAAGCUGACUGUAACUUUAUGUAGAAAUGAAUAUCCUGCUCCUGAAGCGCCCUUUAAAAUGUCCCUGUGGACGUGAACCCUCGUCCCCGCGGCCCGCUGCGCUGCCUCGGGAUUUCUAUGCAAAAGGUCUUGGUCUGGCCUCCAGCCCUGAUGUCGGACCCACGUCGUGUUUCAUCUCUGUUCCUAAGCCAACUGUCUCGUAUUAUUAUUACAAACCUGUACACGUUUCCAGCUAAUAAAGCUCUUUCAUCUCGUCCAAA